GGCACAUUUAAAAACGGAAACAUAAAAUUAUGCGAACUGCAUGAAAUUCCGAUUAAAGGGCAACUGAGUAAUGAACCACCAGAACUAUGGCGGCAUCCAAUGGAUACAGCAACACCCCGCCGCAUCCGACUCCGGGGUGGACAUACUGGUGGGGGACGGUGUGACGCCGGACGGGUAUCAUCUCGUGACCGAUGAAGCGACGGGCGAGGAUCUUGACCAUAUGGCGGCCGAGAAUCUCAUAUUUAUGGCCCGCGACGGCCAGCUGAGUGAGAUCAUAGCUGGCGGAAACGCUGUGAUAGUCACUGCCGAUGGCCACGGCGUGACGUACGCCGAUUCCUUUGACGAUGACGCCCAGGUGGUGACCGAGGAGGUCAUCACGGACGACUGGGUGCAGCAUCAGGGAGCCGAGCGUGUGGAAAUAGCCGCGGAGCAAAUAGCUGGAAAUGGAAGCUCGCAAGAGCUGCUGGACAUGGAGCAGGACGAGUACACGGCCCUACGACCAUAUCCCUGUGACUUUUGCAGCCGCCGCUUUAAGAAGAAGUCCAGCCUGAACACCCACAUGCUGGCCCACCAAAACGAUCGUCCUCAUCUUUGCAAGCUGUGCGGGUCACGCUUCUCUCGCCGCGCCGAGCUCAUCAGUCAUUUCAAGGCGCACGCGGAAGCUCAGGAUGCAGCGGAUGCCGAGGCAGCUGCGGCCACAUCCAUUAAAUUCGAGCACCGCCCAAUGGACGAUCAUUACUAUGAGCACGAGUGGCCUUUAUACCAGCAGGAUCAGGACGCCGAGGACCAGCAGCAGUUGGUGUCCAGCAGCGAAACUCAACUUGUGCACCAGAAUAGCUACAAUGUUGCCGCAGUUACCGUCGAUGCUCCAGUGCCGACGCGAGGACGGAUCAGUCGCCUGAAGCCAAAGGAGGAAGCCACACAGUACAUUGCGAUUUCCGACAAAACGGAAGCACCCGAGAUGCAGGACUAUAUGCAAAGCGAGCCAAUGCAGGCGGUGGUCACUACCUCGACAGCGAUCGAGCCCCCACCUAAAGCUGACCUUCCCCAGCCGAACUAUCCAGUGCUGGACGACAGCAAGCCGUUCGUGUGUCAGCAGUGCGGCUUGGCCUUUGCCAGGGAGAAGGCGCUCUUCUCUCACACGAAGAACCAUCGCGUGGACUCGCCCUUCGAGUGCAACCAGUGUCAGGAGAUGUUCUGGGAUAACAGCAGCUUGCUGGAGCAUCAGAAGACGCAUCAGUUCGAGGAGAGCAACUCUGAGUACGAUCCGGCAUCGGGCGACGACAGUGUCAGCGAGUCGGAACCGGAUCAGCUCUAUGGCGACUUUUACUGCAGCGAAUGCGGCAUUUGCUUUCACAGGCAGGACCUGCUGCGACGCCAUGCGAAGUGCCAUUUCCAGCAGCCAGACGCAAGUAACUUUGACCAAAAGCCGAUUGUGGGAGAAGUGGGAGUCACCGACGAAGUGAUAGCUGGAGAUGCUGAAAAUGCCAAAGAUGAUGCUGCCCACCGGUGUCACACGUGCGGCAAGUGUUUUCCCAAUUCAGUUGCGUUGAGCGCCCAUGCCGAAAUCCACGCCCGUUUUCCGCUCUUCAAGUGCGUCUUGUGCGGUGUUAGCUUCUAUGAAGAGCAGGCCAUCAAGCGGCACUUGCACAGUCGUCAUCCGAACGAGCUGAAGGCCAACUCGUGUGUGCUGUGUGGAAAGGAGUGUCGCGAUCGGAAGGCUCUCAUCAAGCAUGCCUGGGACCACUCGAGGGAGAAGUGCCACUCGUGCUCCAAGUGCGGCAAGAACUUCCAUAACAAGGCGCGUCUGAAGCGUCACAUGGCCUCGCAUCGGGACAAGUCGGUGGUGUGUGAGGUCUGUCAGGAGGAAUUCCCCGACGGACGGACGCUAUCCAAUCACCGCCACUCCCACAGCACCACCUCGCCGGGCAAACUCUUCCCGUGCCUGGAGUGUGGCAAGACCUUCGGUUCGCGCAGCUCUCAGCAGAUUCACGUACGCAUCCACACGGGCGAGCGUCCGUACGGCUGUCGCUACUGCUGGAAGGCCUUUGCCGACGGCGGCACUUUGCGCAAACACGAGCGCAUCCACACGGGCGAGAAACCCUACGCCUGCUCCGUAUGUCCGCGUGCCUUUAACCAGCGAGUGGUGCUCCGCGAGCACAUUCGCUCCCAUCACUCCGGUAUGGAUGUAACGCUUGGCACUUACCACUGCGAAGUGUGCUCCGAGGACUUGUCCUCGUCCAGUGAGCUCAUCCAGCAUCUUAUCAAGCACAGCGACACGAACACCGCCAAACAGCGUCAGCCCGUCACGGGGCCUCGGAAGUACAAACGACGGCGCAAGCUGCAGCCGCAUGAGAUUGCCCACAUGCGGGCCGAGAACAAGGAAGAUGAGCUCUUGCAAGAGGCCGAAGAGUAUAACAGUGACUUAGACAUCUGCGACUUUGAUGUGGAGAACGUGGACCAAAUCUUCGAAAUGGCCGAAUCCCCCAAAAAGGAGAAGCGCAAAAAGGGGGCAUCCAAGGAUCCGCAGGCGGUGGCCAAUGGAACAGCCAAGGCUGUCACGGAUAAGUCGAAAAUGCGGUACGAUUCCACCAGCAGUCACUCGGAUCGCAUGUGGGAGGAGAAGUUCCUGCACGACAACCAGGUGUCGUUGUUUCAAAUUGAUUCGUUAACGGCUAUGAAUCAACAGCAAUCACCGCUGCCUACCAGCACCGCCAGUUCCUCCAGCGUUCAAAACACGAGACGCAGUUCAAAGCAGUCACAGGCCCAAGGGCAGGCCAAGACGGCGCCACCAGUUGAGGUAAAAGCAAACCCCAGUGCAUCAUCCUCCUCUACGACAGCGAGCUCCAGCAGCCGCAGCCGAAAGAAGGCGGGAACAAGUAAGGCGGCCAGUAGCAAAUCGGCUGCUGCGGGAAGCUCGCGGCCGCGAAUGAUCCACACCGAGAAGGCCAAGGUUCCGAAGGCUGCAGAAAACUCGGGCACUGCAUCCGGAUCUACCAAGAAGACGCGUGGCAAGAGUUACAUUACCCGGACAGAGACAAGCAAUCUGGAUCUGCUUUCCAGCAGCGGCAGCGGCAAGUCGCGAUCCACUGCGUCCAACAUGGUCGACGACUAUGAGAUCAUAUCCCCAGCCACGCAUCCACCCAACCAGAUCAGCUCCAGUCCCCUGCACAUUAAGCAGGAGCAAGAACAGCAGCGCGUUCCGAUGAUGUACGACGACAAUCUGCUCAUCGAUGCCGCACUGCUCCGUGAAAAGACGUACGAGAGGUUCAACCCCGCAAUAGUCAAUGAUUUGGAGGAGAUUCUGCGCUCUCCACUUAAAAGUGAGCACAAUUCCCGACUGCGUUUCACCAGCGAGUCAUCGACAACGCCGCAGUUUCUGCCCGGGGAGGAGCAGAACCUCAUCAAGAUCGAGCCGACAUCCCCCGAUUUACGCGAAAUGGUGGAGAGUCAGCAGCGCGUCACGGCUACCACUGGCAACACGCCCUCUUCCUCGUCGUCGUCGGCCCGUACCUCGCGUCACCUGCGCCAGAUAACUGCCAACAGCCCGCGAGUGGGCAGCAAACGUUCCAGCAGCAGCAGGCCGGACUCUGCAUCCGGCGCGGCAGCCAAGAAGCCCACCACAUCGUCCUCCUCUUCGCCAGUUGCAGCCGGGAGCAAGACCAGAAGCUCCGAACACUCGUACCUCAGCUACGGCGUGGGCGUGGACUCCUACAAUGUGAAUGUACCUGCCAGCGCCAACACUGCCGAUGUGAGCUCUGCUUUCUUUUCCAUUUCCGAGGUGGUUUCCGCCGCCGACGCAGCCGAUGCUGCAGCCAAGGCAGCCGCAGCCAGCAAAUCGGACCGCAAGAAGCGCAGCUUCGAAUGCGAGAUGUGCUCGGCCAUCUUCUACGACCGCGCGCAGCUGCUGGACCACGUCCACAUCCACAUCUAGGCCUCUGUACUACUAACCUGCCCCCAACAUGAGCUUCUCUUUUCGCUUUAGUAAACUGCUUUUUCGUGGGACAAUCAGCGGGAACACUCGGAUUAUUUUGAUAUCUUGUAACUUGUAAUCCAUUUAUUUGAUCUAGAUCUUUGAUUUCCCAAAGGGAUUGUAUUGUAUUCAUUGAAAUCGAUUGUCCAAAAUAUGAAUUGCAAAUGGGCUGGAUGGUAUCCGGAUGGUUACUUCAGAUCGUUGUACCACCGAGAACCGACCGACACAUCGAUAGAUUGUAUCGUUGACUUAUGCGUUAUUUAAAUUGAACAUUGCUCUAAUUUAGAGACUCCUUAGGCCAUAAGACUUUUAAGUUUGUACCUCAACCCUUGCUUUGAAGAAUUGGUAUGCUGGAUAUUAAUAAAAUAAUUGGCUUUUCAUUUGCCUAAAAAGUU